GCCCGGAGUCGCAGAGAUAGAACCUCGUCGCUGAUGCCCCGGUCGGUCCCCUGGCAAAACCCAGUCUACCGUGACAGACGCUCCGUCGCAUCACACGACGCGGAAUACGCGCUACGUGACACUACAGUAACGUCUCCGCCACUUCAGAACUUCAGAUCCACGCCGCACCGCAGUAGCGACACGGCGCCGGAGCGUGUAUCUGCCAGUUCCGAUAUUCCCGAUCCUGUCGUGUUCAAACCGGCUUAGCGCGGGAGCGCUUCUAUUUUCUAUUUGUCGCGUCGACCGCCCGUGCGUCGCAACUGGCGCCUACACGUGUUUACCGGCUGGACAGGUGGGUGCUCUUCCGCUUUAUGCACCGAAAGAUGGAGGAAUGAUUCGGAACCGUGCAAAAUGGAUCCCGACUGGAACACGUCAUAUGUUUUCGGUAUCGACAACGAGACUGGAUGGGGAGGCAGAUACUUUUUUACAUACUACUCAGAGCUGGGUGAUAAGCCCUAUGCACAGACGAUUUUGGAAGUCGCUAUGUUUUCGAUUAUCUUCUUCGUAUCGUUGGUUGCCAAUCUCUCCAUCAUCGUUUGCGUUUCCAGGUAUCCAGACAUGAGAACAGUCACAAACUGCUUCGUACUGAACCUUGCAGUAGCUGAUAUUCUGUUUACCCUGACGAUUCCGGUAGUUGCUUACACUAGGCUAGCAGUAACAUGGGACUUUGGCGAUGCAGCUUGCAGGAUAGUCCCAUAUGUACAGUUUGUGUCAGGCAUAGUCCUUCUUUGGACAUUGGCCCUGAUCAGCAUUGACCGACACCGUUGCAUCGUCGUUCCACCAUAUAGGUCCAACAUAAGUCCAUGUCAAGCCGCCCUUGCAUCCCUCAUCAUAUGGUCCUCUACAUCCCUGAUUUUCGUACCUGUCACGUUGUGGUUUCGGGUGAUAGUAGCUGAAGGAGAUCCUCCAAUCACUGUGUGUACGAUGAUUUUUCCAAAGAGCGCAUCUGUCAACUACUCAUUAUGCUUCGUGGUACCUGUGAUACUAUUCGCCUGUUUGCUACCGAUGGCUCUCCUUGUCUACCACUAUCAGAAGAUAUUCCAGAAGAUUCUAUCGACGAAAAGCGCUUGGGCGUCAUCUUGUGUCAUGAUCAGUGCCGCCGAUAUGAAAGGAUGUAAUAGGGCACAGAUCAGAAGACAGAGUGAAUUAAGCAUUUCUGAUAUAUUCGUACCAUGGCCGAGAAGGUUCUCAACCCAACUACAAACAACUACUCAUCCAACAAAUCCGACUUGCAUCAACAAUACUACAGCAGGAAGGCACGGGUCUCUCAGCCAUCACGAAGAAAUUAGACUACACAAACAUAUUAAGGUAGUUCGUGUGCUAUUCCUCAACGUACUAGUAGUACUGGUGAUGUGGCUGCCUAUCACUGUCAUUAUGUUACUGAUCUACAUUGAUGGUAGGAGGGACAACGACGACAAGCAAUACUUCCUAAGGUCGCACCAUUUUGUAGCAGCGUUAAGCAUAGCGUUGCUGAAUACUGUCGUUAAUCCACUUUUGUAUGGAGUGUUUUCAGACGGCUUCAGAUCAUGUCUAACGAAAAUGUGGUGCUGCGAUAACGAAAACGAUAUCGAAAUUACGCAAGAAACUGCAACUCCAUCCAGUGGAAAAUUGAACUGCAUUAAUAAGAAUAUGAGAAGGCACAGCUUAGUAAAUUCAUCUAGCGAAAGAAGUGACUGCAAAAACUUUGCUGUAUGAACAAAAUGUUUCCGUCAAUUCUAAUCAUUCAUUGAUAUUAGUAUUUUCAGAGAUGUAGAACUUAUCACAAGAAUGUCAAUUUGCCAUUGAGAUAGUUAUACUGUAUUUGAUCUGGCUAAAAUUUUUGGUUUAUAUGUUUAUAUGUAGCGUAAACAUUGAUGUUAAUGUUUUCGAUUAUACAGACUGUAUAUUACGUUAUGUUCUCCUAUAAGUCUAAGUCAAUACAGGAAUGAUUACUUCAGCACUUUCGCUAAGCUACUAUGAUGAAUGUAACUCCUGAAACUUAUCCUGUGGUGUUCAUGAUGAUAUCCUCCAUGUUUGUCUGGCCGCUUAAUGAAAAAACCAUAUAUGUUUGAAGUACUGUUUACUGACACGACGUUUCAGCCACCAUGGUGGACAAUAUAUAGAAUAAUAUAUUGUCACCAGAAUUGGCAUUUGUACUUGAAAAAGGCCACCAAGGUGGCCGAAAUAACGUGACUGCGAACAUAUGAGGUUUCAAUUAGCGACUAGACGAACAUGUAGGAUUAUUACUUAUGAUAAUCUCGUUUCUAUUGGACUGAUUCUGUUCAUCAUCAGAUGAACUGAACUAUUGGUUAUGUAAUAAAAAGAAUUGUUCUUUUAUAAAUAAAUAUCGU